CUCGAAAGAGGAAUAUAAGGACCAGAAAAAAUGCUCUCUUUCUAAGUUACAACGACAAACAAAAGUAGAACAAAGACCAAUCAAAGAACAAAGAAACACAGAGAAAAACAAAGCCAGAGAGCAAAACCAAAAGAAGAAGAAGGAAGAAGAAGAAAGAAGAUGGUGGGUGUUGGUUCCUUGGAGUUGAUAAGAAUACCACCAACUUCUUCCUCCUCCUAUGUUUCUGGAGCAGUGGCCAACCGACCCAAGCCCACCACUGCACUUCACCUCCCCUGCCCCACUAGGCCUCUCUAUUCCCCACUCUUUUUAACUUCUCCCAAUGCCUUCAUCUUCAGGACCAAGCAUUCUUCUAUGAGAACUGCCUCCUUUCGUUGCUUCUCUGCGUUAACCCCAGAGCUUAAGACUACACUUGACAAAGUUGUUACUUCAAAAAAAGUAGUUCUUUUUAUGAAGGGAACAAAGGACUUUCCACAAUGUGGAUUUUCAAACACCGUAGUGCAGAUAUUGAAGUCUUUGAAUGUACCUUUUGAAACAAUAAACAUACUAGAAAAUGAAUUACUGCGUCAAGGAUUGAAGGAGUAUUCAAGUUGGCCAACGUUUCCUCAACUUUACAUUGAAGGAGAGUUUUUUGGUGGCUGUGACAUCACCAUUGAGGCAUACAAAAGUGGAGAACUACAAGAACUAUUGGAGAAGGCAAUGUGCUCCUGAAGCUUUAUUCCGUGCAUGAUGAUUAGAGAAUGCUUGUAAACGGUGCAUCUUUUUUCCAUGGUUAUGUUAAUUUUAAUCAAUGAUGGAAAAAUUCGUAUCUCAUAUUUUUCAAGUGUUUGCAAUGUUGAACAUAAGUAAUUGUGCCCCUUUUUUUCUUUUAUUCCUUUUUAUUUAUCUUGAGAUUUCAGGACAACGAUAACAUGAUAUCAAAGUAUGGUUUUUCGCCCCA